GCCGCCCGGCACAAGGCGAGCCCAGCCAUGGGACCGAGCUCCGCGCCGCUCGCCCGGUGCUGCGUGUCCGCCUGAGGAAGCGCCCUGCUCCGAUCGCGGGACGGGGAAGGGAAAAGUGGGGAGCCCCCCUCAGAGCUGCAGCUGUUAGUGCGUGUGCAGGACUCUCCCCUCCCCCUCGCUGCCGCCGGCCGGACCCUUUGCCCAGCUCCCCGUCUAUAAAGAGGGGUUUAUUCUUGGGCUCCAGUCUCACGCCAAACCCUGUCCCAGCGUCUAGACAAGCUGUCGUGGCUCUAAGUCCAGCUGUCACCAUGGGGAUGGAGCCGGGGCCGCUGUGAAUCUUGUGGAGCCAGAGCGGAGGGAGGGAGCUAGCCGCGGAGGGGGAAAGACGCCGUGGCCCUUCGGAAGGCUGCUCGCAGGGGCGCAGGGCUGCUCGCCCGGCUGCGGCAGCGGGGAGCCGCCGAUGCUGAGUCCCAGCAGCCCCGGGGGAGCUAUUUAAAGCGACGGGCCUCGCUGGACUUUGUCUCGGCCUAUUUAUGACUCCCCUGGACUUGGCAAGGGGCAGCGCGGGGCAGUAGCGAGAGCUCGGAAACCAUCCCGGGGCGAGUCCCGGCCGCCGCCCGGGGCCUGUCUGCGCCGGCGGGAGCAUGAAGGGGCCGCAGACUCUCCUGCUCUGGGCCGGCUGGCUGCUGCUGCAGCGCGGCUCCGGCCAGCCCUACCUCCGCCUCCGGCCCUCCCCGAGCGAUAACCUGCCCGUCAAGGACAUCCUGGAGCACCCGGACCCCGAGUACGACCCCAAGGAGCAGGACCUGGACGAGCGGACGCUGAGAAAGAAGCUGGGCAGCAGCUUCGACCCCGCGUUCAUGUCGGUGGCCGCCCCGGCGCCGGGGAACCUCUCCAGCCCGGCGCCCCCGCCCAGGCUCAGGGGCUCGGCGCCGCUGCCCGGGGAGCUGAAGAAGCUGGAGCUGGGCGAGAGCCCCUUGGGGCCCCGCAUGAAGCUGGGCAAGAAGGCCCGGAGGAAGUUCCUGCAGUGGCUGUGGGCCUACACCCACUGCCCCGUGCGCUACACCUGGAAGGACCUGGGCGUCCGCUUCUGGCCGCGCUACAUCAAGGAGGGCAGCUGCUUCGCCGAGAAGUCGUGCUCCUUCCCCGAGGGCAUGUACUGCAAGCCGGCCAAGUCGGUGCCCAAGACCUUUCUGCGCUGGUACUGCCAAGGCUGGUCCAGGCAGAAGUACUGCACCUGGAUCCCGGUCCAGUACCCGCUGAUCUCGGAGUGCAAGUGCUCCUGCUAAGCCGGGCUGGGGAGCCGCUUCCGCCGCGCUGGGCGUGCCCCUGCUUGGAGAGCCAGGCUCCUGAACAGACUCACCGGGAUCCCAACUGUAGCGAGGGGGGCGGUCUCCAUUGCCCUGGAUCCCAACCCCGUUGCAUGGGGAAUCUCAGAGGAUCGGUGCACCAGGAGGCAUCAUCCAGCUCAGUACCUAGCUGUCUCUCGCAGUGCAACUCGUCCCCCUUCCCCCCGUUCCUCCCUUCCACCGAGACCCUGAGACUGAAAGGACACACACAAAGAUGGACACACGCUCACAAGAGGAUCUGUUUGUGCGUUUCUCUCCCCUUAUUACAUCCCUUGCACUGUUUAUGACUUAUUUUAUUUUAAAUGGGAAAAGCAAAACUGAAAAGGAACUGCAGUGCAGGCCAGAGGCAAAGCUAAGCACUACAAUCAGAUGUUUAUUUUUAUACUUAUAUAGCGUUCUAACAAAACAAAACAGAGAG